UUUGGCGGAUAAAUACAGGAAGAUGGGAGGUGUUUAUGUACGACCGUUGAGGCGGGUCUAUACCAAUAUUCCGACCACCAUUUGUGAAUCUUUCACGGAGACGGAGGGAGACUGACAGAGAAAAAGAGAAAAUGGCCGAUCAACUCACAGAGGAGCAAAUAGCCGAGUUCAAAGAGGCGUUCUCGCUAUUUGACAAAGAUGGGGACGGUACCAUCACCACGAAAGAGCUGGGCACUGUUAUGCGCUCUCUUGGCCAGAACCCUACAGAGGCGGAGCUGCAGGAUAUGAUCAAUGAGGUGGAUGCAGAUGGAAAUGGAACAAUAGACUUUCCCGAGUUCCUGACGAUGAUGGCAAGAAAGAUGAAGGACACCGACAGCGAGGAGGAGAUCAGAGAAGCUUUCCGUGUCUUUGAUAAGGAUGGGAACGGAUAUAUCAGUGCUGCUGAGCUGCGCCAUGUGAUGACAAACUUGGGGGAGAAAUUAACAGAUGAGGAGGUGGAUGAAAUGAUUAGAGAAGCAGACAUUGAUGGAGAUGGUCAGGUCAAUUAUGAAGAAUUUGUACAGAUGAUGACAGCGAAGUAAAGGCCUUGUACAGAAUUUCUUGUAUAAAAUUAUCUGCCUUUUCUUGUUUUUAAUUUCUGUAAAAUGUUUAAUUUUAAUUUCCCCCCAUCCUCUCCUGCUGUCCAAAGGAUUUGCAUGUAUACUAUAAGAUUUGAGUGCUCAUGCCUUCCCCCAACUCCUAAACAUUGUAAACAAUCUGUUAGAGGGAGCAGUUAUGGGACCAGGUGAUACAUAUAGGCACAGAUAUUGACUACGCACAGGCCCCGUUCCCCUUCUGUUGCUCUGCCUGCCUGCCCACCUGACGAGCGGUGACAUCAAGGGUCCAGCUGAUUGACAGUGUGGCAUCAUUUCAACAAUUUUGGCAUGACUCUUUUUUUUUUUUUUUUUUUUUUUCUCUUGAUUUUAUGUGGAGGUGCAACUCUGAAUGGACAAUGGACUGAGUAUAAAUAGAAAUGGGGAAAAGUCCUCAGCUUUGCACUAUUGCAACAUCAUUGAAUUCAAUACUAACGGGUUUAUCGCCAGGUACUCAUACACUCUAAUCUUUUUGUAUUUGUUCUGUUCUUACUAUGCUUUUUAAUUAGUCACUUUUCUUUUGUAACUGCUUAUGGCACAGCCAUGCCUCAGAAUCCAUUCCAAGUUGUAUAUUUGUUUUCCAAUAAAAUUAACAAUUUACCCAAAAA